AUGAGUGAUGAAGAUCUUUUUAAAGAAAACGACAAUACUGAAGAAAAUAAUGACGACGAUGUAAGAGAAAAAUACCUAAAAAACAACAGCUUACAAGAACAAUCUAAAGAAGAAGAUGAGCAAUAUAUACAGAAAUAUAUUGAGGAUCACUUUAAGGAUUUUGAGGAUAUCUUAAAUCAGAUUGAUGAAGGAAUUGACAAAUUGGAUAGCUAUGAAAGAACUAUGCAAGUAAAACGUAGUAUAGAUAGGCUAAUAGAAACUCUGUACAGCCAAGCAGCAUAUGAGGAUAUUAAUGUAGAACUUGAAACUACAAAAUAUACUCGUGAUAAGUCAAACUCUAUCAAGAGAAUACAAGAAAAGAGAAGAAAACAAACCAUUGAAGAAACAUUAAGCCAUAUUUUUACUCAACAGCAAGAGCUAACGAACGCUAAACAUAAAACAGAAGACAUACAUGAAAUCAAGACGCAAGUUAAAUCUUCAAUUAAGGAAGUAUUAUUUUCUGUGAUUGCUAAUAGAAUGGAUCCAAAAAGAAGAGCUGGAGAAACUGCUGAUAGUAAUGAAAAACAGGCUCACAUGUAUGGUAGAACACCAGCCAGCGGAGUAUUAGGUGCGUUAUUAAAAACAUUUUUAGUUGCAGCAAAUGCUGUGAUACAUGAGAUUACUAAGUCACUUAAACAUCCCGAUAAGAAUGAAACAUCUUUCACUAAACAAGUUGAAGAAAGCAGAAAUACAGACUCACACAAAGGCCGUUCAAUAUAG